GUCUUUUAAUCAUUCAAGGUAGUUGAAAGUGUCAACAUUCAUUAGGGUGAAUGGUCAAAACACUAUAACCAGGCUAUACAAGGAAUCUAUCAAUCUAUAACGUAAAUUUCACUUUUAGCUACAUGACAAACACAGGAUAUCAAAUAAUAAUAAUUUCCCCUCAUCUUUUCUUUCACAGUCUCAUCACACACACAGUCACACACUCAUUCCAUCUCUCACUGAUUUUUUCCCCCUCAUUUUUCACUCCACUAUUGACUACGCAUUUUCCACAGUCCACACAAAACUCAUCAUCAUCAUCAUCUCUCUCUCUCUGUCCUGCUGCUUGCUGUGCCUGAUAAACUGUGCAUUUCUGCCAUCCCACCAUUAAAAAACACACUCUCCCACACAGCUUUUUUAUAAUAAUUUUCAUUCAUUCAUUCACACUUCCUAUGAGACCGACCCCUCCAAGAAAACAGUCCUGCAUUUUGCUUCAGUAAAGGCCCCCCUCCUACUUCUCCAAUCCAACAUUUCCUCCAUGUAAAUCAGUAAAAGAAGAAAAAAAAAAAAAUUUAGUUCUGUGGUGAAAAUAUCAAAAUAGGUUUUUAUGAUUAGACCGAGAUGGAGUUAGAUAGACCCCAUCAUAGAACAACUCCAAGCACAAGUAAUAGUAGUAGUAGUAGUAACACUACAGCAAACAAUAAUGAGCUCUUCAUUUGCUUCACUUCUCGACUUCCUUCCUCGUCUUCAAUGAAGAUAGCCAAAUCUAUCCUCAGCCCGGGUCGGGCCGCCCGAGACUCCCACAUCUCACUUUCCACCUCCCUCAGCAGAAGACUCAGGACUAAUGGGAGCAUCAAAGGCGGGUUAGCUUCUCCGAUGUUUCCAUCCGUUGGUAAGAAAAGAGGAGCCGGGUUGGAGAAUCCGGAGCCAUCUUCUCCUAAGGUCACUUGUAUCGGACAAGUCCGGGUGAAAACCAAGAAAAAGGUCAAGCAAACCAGGAGUUUGUCCAGAAGGCGAAGUGGGGAUGUAAGUUUCAGGAAAUUAGAACAUCAGCCUCAAGAUUUGUUGAGAAAUAACAGUAUUGAACAUCAGCUUCAUUCGUCAAGUUCGCAUUUUCAGCAGCAAGAAUGUAUGCCUCACAGGAAUCAGAGGUGGGUUCACUUGCCAGUGACGAUUUGUGAGGCUUUAAGAACUUUUGGAGCUGAAUGUUUGUUUCCUUGCCGGUCCUCUUGUUCGUCAAACGAUGAGAGAGGAAAAGGGGAGAAAGGUAAUAAUACCAACAAUGUUCUGGGUAGGGGAGAUUCGGAUGGGGGUGAAAGCGAUGGAGGAAGUUCUUGUGGGGCUGUUUUUGCAAGAUGGUUUGUUUCAUUGCAGGAUUGUGAAGGAGGUAAAGGCAGGGAAAUUGAGUUGGUUGUGGGUGGAGAAGAGGAGAAAACAGAGGUGAGGCAGAGGAUUUCAAUGAGGAGUUCAAGACGGCAUGUUUUUGAGGAUAUGAAGUUUAAGGAAGAGAGUAUAGAAGUGAAAGCUGAAGGUGAGGAGGAAGAGAAAGCUAGAGUGAGCAUUUGCAUUCCUCCAAAGAAUGCUCUUUUGUUAAUGAGAUGCAGAUCCGAUCCCAAUAAGAUGGCUGAUCUUACUAAUCGUUUCUGGGAAUCCCCUGCUUCUGCGAAAGAUGAAGAUGAACCAGAAGAAGAGGAUGAUUGUGAUGAAGUGAAUAAAGAUUUGAAAGGGUUAUUUGUACAGGUUUCAGAUUCAACAAACGAAGACAAAGUAAAUGCGGAAGAAGGGGAUGAAGAGUUGCUUUCAGCUGAAAGCAAUGGCGGAGAGACUGAGAUGUUGGAGAAAGAUUCAAGCUUGGAUGCAGCAGAAGUGCAGGAGUUAGAAGAUAUGGUUGACAAGGAAGUACAGAAAGAUGAGAACUUGGCAGCAGAAAUGCAGGAGUCUGUUGACCAGGAAGUACGGAAAGGUACGAACUUGAUGCAGGAAUUGCAAGAAAUUGGCGUUGAAGAAAUGGAAGAGAAGCCAAGUAGUAGCGUUGAGGAAUCAGGAUUAAGCGAUGGUUCAGUGGAAAGUGAAGAGGCAGAGUCUAAUUUAGAUGCAUUUGAAGAUUUAUUGGGCGAAUCAACGGCAGAAAGUCCGAUUCAAUGGCAGGUUUACCACGAGGAGGAUGAAGCAGAAAGGUCCCCAGAAAUCGACACUUCGUUUUCGUAUGAACAGUUGACAGAAAGGGAAACGGAAGAGCCAGUCAAAGAAGGAACAGAAAGUGAAGAGAAAACAGAGGAGUUAACAAUGGAGCAGGAUGAGGAGAUCCCGGAAACAUCGUCUUUUGAGGAUAAUAAAGAUAAUCCGACAACAGCCCUUUUCGCAUCUGAACUGAAAGAAAGGGAAAAUGACCAUAAAGAAGAAGAUUACGCGCUUCAAGAAUCAGCAUUGAGGGAAAUGGAGGAUGAAAUUAACAAGGAAUUGGAAGAAAAUGGCGUAAUGAUGGAAGAAAAGGAGGAGGACCACCCGUCAAAUGUUUUGCCGGAGUGUUUGUUAUUGAUGAUGUGUGAGCCCAAGUUAUCUAUGGAGGUUUCCAAGGAAACCUGGGUUUGCAGUACCGAUUUCAUACGGUGGUUGCCGGAAAGGCCGGCGAAGAAGAAAGCCAAUAACGUUCUUUCGUCGGAGGAGAAUAAGAAGAAACCGAACAACCCUCCACUUCCGCCGCCUGGACCGCAGCAGAAUCAGCAGCAGCAGCGGGAGAUGACGAGCCAGCCGCAGCAAGAGCGCCGGCGACAGCAGCAGAUGUUGCAGCCGCCGAGGUCGUCGUGUUCGUUGCCGGCGGCGGCGGCGGUGUCGAUGGCGGCAAUGAUUGAGCAGAAGUUGGUGAAUGCGGUAGGGUAUGAGCCGUUCGUGCUGACAAGGUGUAAGUCGGAGCCGAUGAGGACAGCAGCGGCUAAGCUCUUGCCGGAGGCUUGCUGUUGGAAUAAUAGGAAGCUGGAGCCGCAUAGGAAUGCUACGUUUGGUGUCGGCGCGGCUGGAGUUGGAUUCUGAGCCAAGCUGAGUUGUCAGGGAUUAAAUAGGGGGACUUUUAUCAAAUACUUUGUGUGGCUGUAAGAGUGUUGUUUCUCCUUUGGCAUUUUUCUUUGUCUUUUUCCUUUUGGGGGAAGGGGGUGUUGUUUGUUGAUAGAUAGGGUUGCACAGGCAUUAGUAUUGUUAGUGGUGGGUAGUAUUUAGCUAGUUGAUCAAGCAUCCUUGUACAUGGAAUGUCAUCCCUUUCUUUCUUUACGUGGUCGUUAGUAUUUAGUGGUACUAAAUUUUGAUGGGUACUAGUACUUUUAUCCUUCCACAUUUUCGCUGAUCAUAGAGCAUUCAAAAUGUGGCUGUUGACUUGUUUGACAGACUUAAUGUAGUUUCAUCACAACAUAAUAAGCAUCCGAGAUUGUAAAGGUGGCGUAAAAUGGGUCUUGAAUUGGGUGUAAUCGCGCCUAAGCUAGACCCAACUGUAUGUAAAUUUGUGCUGAAUCGCAUUUGUAAUGGGAUUGUAGAGUGAAAUCCUACCGAGUUUUUUGACGCUACUUGUAGUUUACCCCGGCCCGUUGUGAUGGCAGUGAAUCAGUCUACAAUGCUGCAAUUUUAUCCAGAAGAGGUGCAAAUAUUGGAUAAUUUUAGUUCACCAUGCUACUUCUCUUCCUUAUUGAUUUUUCUGCCCAAUAUGUCUAUAACUGCUAUUCUCUUCUUUUUAGCCCAGCAAUAAAAUCAGACUCAGCCCCAAUGUUCUGCCCCAUUAAGUUACUAG